CAUCUGGAGUCCCACUCUUCAAGUCAGUCAGGGAAGCUGAAACAUUUCAGAGGACGUUAACUGUACCAUCAGCCAUGGCGAGGUCAAAGGCGCGGGUUUACGCGUGCUGCGCGCUGCUGCUGCUCUGCGUGCUUGCUGUCAUUGUGUGUGUCGUUGUGUUUGUGAGGCGCAAGUGUCCUAACGACAGCUUCUUCAGAGGCGCAGUGGCCGCAGACUCCGGGACAUGUUCACGGGUCGGACGAGACAUCCUCCAGGCAGGGGGCUCAGCAGUGGAUGGCGCCAUUGCUGCGCUGCUGUGCACCUCCGUGGUGAACGCACAGAGCAUGGGCAUUGGAGGAGGGUCCAUGUUCACAGUGAUGGACAGCUCAGGUAAAGUGAAAGUCAUCAACUGCAGAGAAACUGCACCCAGGACCUUAGUGCCCGACCUGCUGAAGUCGUGCCAUAAGGGGUUCGACAGGGAAGAUGGUCGCUGGAUUGGCGUCCCAGGUGAACUUCGGUGUUAUGAACUGGCACACAGGCUCUAUGGGAAGCUGCCGUGGGCCGACCUCUUCCAGCCGACCAUCAAAAUGGCCAGAGAAGGAUUUCCCCUCCCUCAAGUCCAAGGUGGACACGUCGCCAACAUUCCUGCGGACAAGACCCCAUCACUACGAAAGUUGUUUUUGGAUAAGGACGGGAACUUGCUGAAGACCGGCGAUAUUGUGAAGUUUGAGAAACUGGCUGACACUCUGGAGACGAUCGCAAGUCACGGGGCCGACGUCUUUUACACCGGAAGAAUAGCAGAGGAUUUAAUCCGUGACAUACGGGGGGCAGAAGGAACUCUCACGGUGCAGGACUUGGCCGAGUACAGAGCUACAGUGAUGGACCCGUGGACUGUUCCUUUGGGAGAGUACCAGAUGCACUUCCCCCCAUCCCCCGCAGCAGGCAGCCUCCUCAGCCUCGUCAUGCACAUCAUGGAAGGAUAUAAUUUGACUCCAGCAACUCUGACGGGUGAACAAAAGACUCUGGUUUAUCAUCGCUACGUCGAAGCAUUUAAGUUUGUCAAUGGAUUAAAGAAACGAGUCCGUGAUCCAAAAUUCAGCUCAGAUGAAAUGGCCAAGCAACUCACAGAGCAAAGCUUUGCCAACCACAUCCGGAGCUUGAUCAUGGACAACAGGACUCACGAGGCCCAGUAUUACAACAUCACCCCCCACCUGGACAGCGGGGGCACCACGCAUGUGUCUGUGCUGGCUGAGGACGGAUCUGCUGUGUCUGUCACCAGCACCAUCAACCAAAUGUUUGGUUCGAAGGUCGUCUCUCUGAGUACCGGAGUCAUCCUCAACAACCAGCUGGCCGACUUCUGUCAUCGAGUCGAUAGAAUCUUUCCUGGGGAGCAGCCUCCUUCCUCCAUGGCGCCCUCUGUGCUGAAGUCCCGGUCGAGGACGCUGCUGAUUGGAGCGUCUGGUGGGGGUAUGAUCACCACUGGUGUGGCCUCGGCGCUCAUGAACCACCUUUGGUUUGGAAAGAGCCUAAAGGAGGCGAUCGAGGCUCCGGUUGUUUUUGUCAACUCGGAAAAUAUACUGAAGACUGACAGCAAUUUUGAUAAGACUGUAACUGAGGCUCUGAAAGCCAUGGGACACAAACAUGAAACUGCACAGAAAUUAUUCAACGUGGUCAACGCUGUGGAGAAGGUGGACGGCUGUAUCUUCGCUGUGUCUGAUGAAAGGAAACGGGGCGAAGCAGCCGGCUACUGACCCUGUGAGUCAGUGAUGCUGCUGAUGCGGGGCCUGGAGGUCACUGAGACCUUCCUGCAGCCACAAACCCUCAAAAGCUGCAACAGAUGGUGCUUGUCCUGCUGGGAAAUCAGUGAACAAGAAUCUGACUCCCAUGUGACAUGCAUGAGAUGUCUGCAGUUAUUCUUUCGCCAUCAUUAUAUUGGUACUGUUUAAUGAACAGUGAAUGUGAAAUAAAGAUACUGAUAUAUUAUUCUGA